UGGCUUCAGUGUGGAGGCGGGGAGGAGCUGGCUCGGUUAGGCUGCGGAUCAGCAACAAACAGAAGGUUACGAGUUUGAAAAAUCCGACUGUUCGAUUCCCGGAGGAGCUUUGCGGUGGCGGGGAGGCUGCGAACUAUGUUGGGCCUGUAACCGCAGCUCGUUGGGCCGCUUCUGAAAGCGCUCCGCCGGCGAUUGGCAACAUUUUUCGCGGAGGGGCUGCGCCGCGGGGACAAGCUCGCGUUUAGCUCGUUCGGAGCGGCGAUGCUGAGCCGAUAGCUGCGUCAUCAUGUUGCUUCCGACUCGAGUUGGCGAGAAGAGAUCUCAAGUUAACGCCGGAGGUGAGGCUGCCCGCCGACACCCAGCACCGGAGGCCACCCCCGGCCCCUGAAGCGGACGGGAGGCGGGCUGCGGGCGCGGGGUCGGCGGCGAAAGCCCCGUGAGAGUGCGCGGUGAAACCGGUGACUUUACAUCACUUGGCGCGUUGCUCCGCUGCCUGAAUUUCUCAUCCACACUCGGAUGGACGGGUUUAAAAUGUCUGUUGACGGUGAGGAAACAUUUGAAUUAGCAAAUAUUUGACCGGAUUGAGACCAAACAGAAAGUUGUUGUAAAUGUUUGCAUGGUGAGAAGUGAUGAUUGACAGCAGGACCCUCCAGUGAAAUGCUGCUGACCCCCCAUCUGAUGGGGAUUUUCACCUGAAAGGAAAUCCACUCUGUUUAGUUGUUAAUGAGACACGUUUGAAUUAAGCUAGCCGCCGGAGUCCGACUGCUAGCCGGGUGUAGAGGAGGGUGUGCUGGGGCUCAUUGUUCGGGCCGGGGUCUGUUGUCUGCUGUCACCGCAUCCACGUGGACUUUGUCCGGGCACGGUGGGUAAAGUUUGGCACCGGCGUGACGCGCACCAGGGGGCGACCCGGGCCGAGCCAAAGGAGGAAGCUUGUUUUUACAGAAGAACAAGAGGGAGUGAGGGUUUCCUCACAGCGUUUGAUUUGUAGCAAUAUUUGUAAAAAUGGCCGGCGAUUGCACCAACACCCAGUACGCGAACUCUGGGGCGUUCGACCCGUCCAAACCGUGGGCGGAUGGGGACUCGGUGCGCACCGGGGACGUGGAGGCAGCCGGGGUCUCUCCAGGGCGCGGGCCCCGCGCACGCCGGUCGCCCAACUUCGAGCUGAUCGACGGGCUGUUGUACCGCAAGAAGCUGGAGAAGGGCUUCAUCAACUACCGGGAGGUUCUGGAUGAGGACCGGAGACACGAGGCCGUCUCCACCUUUCACCGGCGGCGGCCUGGUCAGCGCCACUUCUCCCAGGAGGAGACCUACAAAUGUGUGGCUGAGAACUACUGGUGGGAAGGGAUGUACUUCCAGAUCAGGGACUUUGUCCUAGGCUGUCCAGAGUGUCAGAGUCACCACACAAAGAAAACAGAGGGGCCAGGUGGCAGAGGAUGUGUCACAAAGACGAUGGAGUCCCACAGCGACGACAUGCUAAGCAAGUUGAGGAGUCAGCGGGAGGCGGGGCUGUUCUGUGACAUCACCCUGCGGACCAACGGCCGAUCCUACUCGGCCCACAGAGCCGUUCUGGCGGCGGUCAGCGAUCACUUCCAGGAAAUCUUCACAGAGAUGGACUCGAGCAUCAAAGCAGACAUAGAUCUCACUGGUUUCAGUGAGGACAGCCUUCUAUCGCUGCUGGAUUUCUCCUACUCCUCCACCCUUUGUGUUCGCCAGGAGGACCUGCCUGAAGUCAUCGCCAUGGCUCGCCAUCUGGGCAUGUGGCUUGCAGUGGAAGCCUGUUCUGCCCUCAUGAAGGAGCAGGAACAGCAGCUCCGUCCUGGCAAAGGCCUAAACUCGGCCUAUGCUGGUGCUUGCCAUGAGCGCCAUCACCAGCAGAGGGAAGGAAAGAGGAGAAAAGUUUUGGGACUAGAGGACAACAUUAACAAUGGUUUCAGUCUGAUUUUGGAUGUUUCAGAUGAGUCUUUAGAAGAGAGUCCCAGGCGCAAUUUGCGCAGAAUGGCAAGACCCCAAGGUCUUAACGGCCUCCCUCUGAGUCCCUCGCACAGGAUGAAGCUCUUGGACUUUAAAUCUCCCUCGUUAAAGAAAGCUACUAUACCUCGACACGCCAUCACCAACCAUCAGUCACAGAACUACUCACCAACACCAAAUACCCGUCUUCUCCGCUCCUCUCCAGGGGCUGCCAAGGAGGUCCGGAGGCUGCUGCCCAUGCCAGAGAGCCCGCGACGUAACCGAAAAUCUCACUCCAUCACUCGGCUCUCGUGCACAUCCAGAUCAAGGCCCAGCGUACGAUGCAGCCCUGUGAGAGUGAAGCAGGAAGUAGAGGAGGUGGGGGAGGAUGAGAUGGAUUAUGCAAGAGCACAAGAGAAGUACAAGUUGAUGAAUGUUUUGGGGCUACAGAGGACCGCACUCCUUCCCAGACCAGAGGAUCUCAUUGGCUGGAGACAAAAGAAACGACUGAGGAAACUGAAGGCCAACAACUAUUCCCUGACUAAGCGGAGGAAACCCCGCUCUGUCUCCCCAGUGUUAACGUAUGGGAACGUGACGCUGUCACUUCCCCUCUGUAACCCUGUUAACACUCGUGUCCUCAGCAAAUCAGCGAAGGCAAAGCCUGUGGGUCCAGUCAGAGUGGAGCAGCUUACAGCAAGGAGGCCAAAGACCGUCCUGCAGCACGUCCCUCCAAGCGACAGGAGCACAAGAAGUAAAGGUGUGUUACCAGACAUGUUCCAGCCAGCAUCCAGGCCUUCCUUCGGGGGAAGAGAACUCAGACGGUCAGUGAGGGAGGGCAAUGGUGUCCACUUUUCUGCCCAGCAGCCUGUGCGACGUAACACCAACAAAUCUUUCUUUAAAAAUGCAGUCAGGAUCAAAUCAGAACCGGCUGAAUAUUCUAUCUCAGGUUUCUCUCUCCCAUCAAACAGUCAUUGCGGCCUCACAACUCACACACCCCCGUCUUCACAGAGGCCGCAGGCCAGAAAUAAGAUCACUGUAGAGGCGGUCAGAUCCCUGCGUUAUAACAGAAGCCGACCAGCAACAAAGCCCAAGCUCAAGCAGGGCUCCACUAAAGAGGUCGAGAAAACCAAGUGUAAGCCCAGGGAGGAGGGGAGGAAAGCGGGGAGCCAGGGGCUGAGGGGGGUCAUGGACACGAGACCGAGAGGGAAGAAUGAUGAACCUGUUGGGCUCCAGUUAUCAGAGAAUGGACCUCCACCGUCCAUUUACAGCCACCCUCUGUACAAAGUCAUUAAAGAGGAGCCAGCAGACCCAGUGCCAAUUGUUGGACCUUUCCCCGACCCUCCCUCACCAGACCUGGGCAAACGCCAGAGCAAGCCCCCCAUCAAAUUACUGGACUCAGGCUUUCUGUUCAGCUUCUGUCGGUCAACAGGGGGCCCUAUUGCAGGACUGAAGAAAGAGGAGGAGAGUGUGGAUAUCUGCUUAACGCGCUCCGUGUCACAAGUUGGGGAUACAUUUGGAGCAGAAGAGCCCCCCCAUAGGACGCUGAGGGCCAGAGGGCCACCCAGCCUGCCUGUGGUGAAGAGGGAGAGGGAGGAGAGGAGAGUAAGCCAAAGCAGGGUUCAGAGACCCAGGAGAAACUCCCGGAGCAACCCUCUUCCUCUGGCCAAACCUGCCGGGUCCAAGGUGACGCGGGCCAUGUCAAAGCAACAAGGUAAACAACUUGCUGUGAGCAGCAAAAACUGUGUUUUGCUGGAUGCUGUACGACGGGCACGGCUAAAACAGCUGCGAGGGCCUCGAAGUCAAGCCCCUAAAGUCCCAAAGGCGGCCCACACCUGUCCGCAGUGCCCGGCCUCCUACAAGGACUGCGAUGCCCUGAUUAUGCAUCGCCUCAGGCACAUCGAGGGCAAGCACUGGCCCUGUCCGCUCUGCAGUAAGACGUUCUUUCGACUAAGGAAUGUACGGAACCACAUACGCACCCAUGACCCCAAGUUGUACAAAUGCAGGAGCUGCAUCAUCGCUGGUUCCUGAGGCAGUUGGAGGGUCCGCUCAGGCAGCGAAAUCUGAGGAUGAAGGCCGUCAGCGUCUGACACCAGAGAACCCGAGUGAAACCAGAGGCACAUGAUCGAUCAGCGGCUUGUACAUACUGCAUCCGUCACACACACGAGCACAACUCCUCUGUGCGAAGGCGUGGUCACUCUGAUUCUAAUCAUCGCCGUUGUCACCGAUUGCUAAUAUUAUUUAAAUAACCAAACCAAGGUUGCCGUUCCUGUUUUGCAUUUCCAUACAAGAGGUUAAACUUGAACAUUACACUCAGGGGGGGGGCGGGGGGAAUGCGAUGCCACGGUAUAAAGUAAUUAUAACAUCACGGUUGUGUAUAAAAUGAAAUGUAAAGUGAUUGUUAUAACUAUUACUGCUACUCAUUGUUAUUAUUUUUCUAUGUAUAGAUGAAUUUUGAGUGCACUUAUAAGAUAGCUUAUGUUGUAAACCUAAGAAGUGGUGAUGAAACUGAAGGUUUGGCAGGAAUACUUGAAGUGUGGCAAACCGUUGGAGUACUUGAAGUCGGAGGGGAUCAUGGGAGUGAGACGGUCCUGUGGGGGGUUUUCGGUGGGUCUCUGUCCGUGCGCUAACUUUGAAACGAUACCACUUGUCUCUCCCUCCUUUUGUAUCUGCUGGUCUCACACAAGUCCACGAGUCGCGGGAUGUGACCCGGGGGCCGGCGUGCUGACAUCAUUGCAUGUGCAUUUUUGGGUGGUUCCUCGUCCACUGUCUUUUUCUAAGGCUGCCAAUUUUCAAAAGGGAAAAACGCGUCUUGUUUGUAAUGUGAAUUUUUGAAUCGUAAUCAACACAAACGGUGUCAUUACUGGUUUUAUUGAUCUUUUCUGCCACUUCGAUCCAAGACACCCUUGUUCUACUUCAAACCUCCACCUCCCCUUCUACUGAGUAAAUGCAAUGUGUGCACAUAAAGAGAUGUUUCUUCAAAAAUUGAUUUUAGAAAUAAAUGAGCUGUCUCUUGCUAUCUGCUAAAAGAUUGAAUAAAUUUUUGCCUUUUA